AUGGCCAAUGUUCUGUUGCAAGACUGCCGUGCACUUCGAGCUUGUUUUCUCUACGAAUUUCUUCAAGGCCACAAAGCAGCAGUAGCUCACCGCAACUUAUGCCGAGUGCUUGGCGAGGGCUCACUCCAUUCUGGUUCCGCCGCUUCAAGAGAGGCGACUAUAAUCUCGAAAACAAGAAGUCCACACCAGGUCGCCGUCGCUUAUACGAUGAAGACGACGGACGACGAUGAUGGUGAAGAUGUCGACGAGAAGUUGAUAAAGGAGUCCCCAUCCAGUAUACGUGAACUCUCCUUGAAACUCGGGCUCGCUAACGCCAAGGUACACCAGCAUCUUCUUGAAACUGGAACGGUCGCAGGGAAUGAUCAAGAACUUCCGAACGAAUUGUCCGAUUUACAGAAGUUUACCAGCUGUGACCCUGCAGAAGAGGUAGAAGCUGCGCCAAGUGUACCAGCGAGCGACAGCGGAUGUGCCAUACACCUGGUGAAGGAGGAGGCGAUGGAAGAGGAAAUUGCACCAUCGGAUAUCAGUGACUGUGCAAGAAAUCCGGCGCUUUUUCAAGCUUUGACAUCUGACAGCACACAGCCAACGACGUCCAAACCAGUUUCUGAAUCAGCGCAAGAUCUCAAUCGACCUCAAUCAGCUGAGGAAGGAAUUCCUGGUCAACGUCGCCAAUACCACAUAAACCUGACGGGAGAGCUCUUCCGUGGGGAAGUCGAAGCCAGUAAAAGAGGUGUUCAUCCAGUGGUCAAGUACACAAUUCCGGAUCUCAAUCGACCUCAAUCAGCUGAGGAAGGAAUUCCUGGUCAACGUCGCCAAUACCACAUAAACCUGACGGGAGAGCUCUUCCGUGGGGAAGUCGAAGCCAGUAAAAGAGGUGUUCAUCCAGUGGUCAAGUACACAAUUCCGGGUGGAGAAUUGUGUUAUGCUUUCGAACAGGUGCGCACCACCAAGCGAGGGCUAGUGAUAAUACGGUGCACGGGAUGCAGGAAGAAGAACUUCAUUAACAGCAUAGCGGUACAGAAUGGGUGUGAGUUUAUCGGAGAUCCCGCUCUUCUACCACAUGUGUGCGUGCCCUUGAAAAACGCGAAGGACAAAGUGACACGAAUGGUGUACCAGUCGUGCCAAGCCAUUGCGACAGAACCACAACUUGCCGAGACGAAGCCCAACCAACUGUGGCAGAGCAUAGCUCAAUUCAUCGAUGAUAAUGCUCCCGAUGACGAAAAGCAACGCAAAAUGAUGCUGAAACACUUCUACAGAGAAGGAUAUAAGUCUAGACGAACAACGAUUGCAAGGGCAGCAGCAAAGCUCCAUCGAGCCAAGAUGGCGAAGGGAACGGGCAAAGAAGAAGAUGGAACAUGA